AUGCCCAACAAACCUGAAGGCGUCAAGAAGUCCACCAAGCAGGCCAUGGAAGAAAGGCAGGCGGAAAUGGCAGCAGAGGUCGCUCGCUUACAGGAGGCUGUUCGCCUGGAGGAAGAAGAGGAGCGCAAAUGGAGGGAGGAGGAGAAAAAGAUCAAGGCAGAGGAGAAACGGAGGGCGGCAGCAGAGUGGAAACGCGAGGAGGAGCAGAAACAGAGGGACAUUGCAGAGACGUGGAGGAGAGUACUGGAGUCAGCGUCAUUGGGGUGUGCAGGGAUGUCGACGGUUACUCAUCAAUCUAGUACCUCCAAGGGUCCGGAGAAAUCCUGUAGCUCCUGCAUAGAGUGGUGGAGGGACUGUACUUGGACUCAGGCGUCUAGGUCCAACAGGGGUAUUCUAAUAGAUGGUCCAGUAGAUCUGGAAUUGCGACGUGUGCCGCCAGCUGAAGGCGCAGUGCUAUGGCGGUGUUCCGCCAGUUAG